GUUUAGCAUUCUAUUUGUGAAGUGAUAUGAGGGUACUAAAUUCAUAAUUUUAUAAUUUUCGCGAAGGCAAAAACAGACUUUUAGUACCCGCGGAUGAAUAUAGAAUCGCCUUCGAGUGUUAUUCUCCCGAUUUCUCCGAACCAUCACAGUGGCGGCGACUGUUGCUCUGAAGUUUUUGUCGUCCAAUCUUCGGAAAACCGCGUUUAGGACGACUUUUCUAGCCUCACGAAAGUUUUGCGACUACAGUGAUCAGGAAAACGCAAUGUCUGGAAGGUAUGACAGAGGAGACAGCGGCAGAAGAGGGUAUGGCAGCCGUGGCAGCAGCCCUCCGAGGUUCGGGCGCGGUGGGGACCGCGGUGGCGGCGGCGGCAGGCCGGGGUUCGGAUCGGGUUACAAUAUCGGCGGGGGCAGCCGGCCGAGCCUGAAGGGGUCCCAGCCGGGCGAGAGACUCCGCAAACCCAAGUGGGACCUGUCCAAGCUGCCGCGCUUCGAGAAGAACUUCUACAGGGAGCAUCCCAACGUCUCCAACAUGUCACAGGCUUCAGCAGAACAGUACCUGGCCCAGAGACAGAUCACCGUGCGAGGCCGAGAGGUGCCCAAACCUGUCACCACCUUCGCUGAAGGCUCCUUCCCUGAUUACGUGAUGGAGGAGAUUGCUCGCUCCAACUUCGAGUUCCCGACCCCGAUCCAGGCGCAGGGCUGGCCCGUCGCUCUGUCUGGGAAGGACCUGGUGGGGAUCGCACAGACCGGAUCAGGGAAAACUCUCGCUUACAUGCUGCCAGCCAUUGUCCACAUCAACCACCAGCCAUUCCUGGAGAGGGGAGACGGACCCAUCUGUGUUGUGCUCUGCCCGACACGCGAGCUGGCCCAGCAAGUCCAGGAGGUGGCCGUCCAGUUUGGACACUCCUCGCGCAUCAAGAACACGUGCGUGUACGGCGGAGCGCCGAAAGGCCCCCAGCUCCGAGACUUGGAACGGGGAGUAGAGAUCUGUAUCGCCACCCCCGGUCGCCUUAUUGACUUCCUGGAGGCCGGGAAGACCAACCUGCGGCGCUGCACCUACCUGGUGCUGGACGAGGCAGACCGCAUGCUGGACAUGGGCUUCGAACCCCAGAUCAGGAAGAUCAUCGAACAGAUCAGGCCUGACCGUCAGACCCUGAUGUGGAGUGCCACAUGGCCUAAGGAGGUGAGACAGCUGGCUGAGGAGUUUCUCCAUGACUAUAUCCAGGUGAACAUCGGCGCCCUGUCUCUCUGUGCCAACCACAACAUCCUGCAGAUUAUUGAUGUGGUGCAGGAACACGAGAAGGACAACAAGCUGAUCAGGCUCCUGGAGGAGAUCAUGGGAGAGAAGGAGAACAAAACCAUCAUCUUCGUGGAGACCAAACGCCGGGUGGAUGACCUCACACGCCGCAUGCGCAGGGACGGGUGGCCUGCCAUGUGCAUCCAUGGUGACAAGUCUCAGCCUGAGAGAGACUGGGUGCUCAAUGAGUUCCGCACAGGACGGGCUCCAAUUCUGGUGGCCACUGACGUUGCCUCUCGUGGUCUAGAUAUCACGGACGUCAAGUUUGUCAUAAACUUCGACUACCCGGCUUCGGCGGAGGACUACGUACAUCGCAUCGGGCGCACGGCGCGAAGCGAGCGGACCGGGACGGCCUACACCUUCUUCACCCCCAACAACAUGAAGCAGGCCAAAGAGCUGGUCUCGGUGCUGCAGGAGGCUCGCCAACAGAUCAACCCCAAACUCAUCCAGAUGGUGGACGCCGCCAGGGGAAGCUUCGGAGGAAGGGGAGAUCGGAGACGGUGGCGGUAGUAGAGAAAAGGCAGUGGGAAUUCUCAAAAAAUUGCCCAAUUCCAUCUUUCUAAUUGCAGAUCGGCGCCGCUACAGGACGUCUAGUUCUCAUGGCGACCGUGGGGGCGGUCGGGACUUCCGGGACCGCA